AUGUUUUACUACACAUAUCCAUCCAAUUUGCUGGCAUUGGACUAUCAAACACUGCAACAGCUCUUCUCUCCCGGCGGCGGCGGCGGUGGAGGCGGCGUCACCUUGUACAUUCCUCUAAUCUAUAAGUGAAGGGAAGGGGAUCUUGUGAUUUGUUGCUCUAGAAUCAAGAAUCCAAACUCUUUGAGAAAUGAAGCAUGAAGUAUUGAAAGUACUCUUACCCUUCAUGGACAGUGUACAUGAGUUAGAGGGUUUACUCAGAUUCAAUCAUCAUUCUUAGAUGAUCAAUCUCUACUUACAUGCUGUAAUAUCUCGUUCCAGUUGAAAGGGAGGGGAAUUUGCAUCGCCCAUGGAUGAACUCAAAAAUAAAUAGGAGAGAGUCAAAGAACUCAAAUCUGUGUUAAACAAGAAGGAUGUAGACGUUCCUUUUUGGCUCAUUGCUAACUCCAAUAGUGGCCGUGCUAGCGGUGGAGAGGGUGACAACAACUCUGAUUUUUCUGAUAGGAUCUCUGCUACCAAGUUGAAAGCCAACCUAUAGUAAAAAUCAUAUUAAUGUCUUCAAGAACGUUGAGGAGAAGACUCCAUCAUGGGGAUGUUGAUGGAAAAAGGCAGGAGCAUUUCGAGACUUCGGGAUUAGAUUCUUUGAGUGAGCCAUUGCUGGCAGAUGAUGAUUAUGUUGAGAAUAAGAAGAUAUGUACACUUGAAGAUCCAUGGGACGAUGAGAGGAAGAAGGCACAAUUUCAUUGGACAUUCAUAUUCUCAAACCUCAUUGUGCAAUGGGCACAGUGGUUAGCAAAUGUUGUACUUGGAUCUGGAUCUCUUAUUGGGCGACUUUUAUCAUUUCCUUCUUCUGCUUUAAAUAUGCAAAACAAUAAGAUCCUUCCUCCAUCUCUAAGCCCUCUACAGGAAGAAAGACUAAGAAGCCUACGACAAAGGCUUGAAGUACCCUUUGAUGGUUCUAAAGCAGAGCACCAAGAUGCACUUAAACAGUUGUGGAAAUUGGCCUAUCCUGACAGGGAGCUUCCUUCUCUUAAAUCAGAUCUUUGGAAGGAAAUGGGAUGGCAAGGAUCAGAUCCUUCAACUGAUUUUAGGGGUGGAGGAUUUAUAUCAUUAGAGAAUCUCAUCUUCUUUGCGAUGAAGUAUCCGGAUUCAUUCCAACGAUUAUUGCAUAAACAAGAUGGAACCAGAGCUGAUUGGGAAUAUCCAUUUGCAGUAGCUGGAAUCAAUAUUUCUUUCAUGUUGGCACAAAUGCUGGAUCUUCAAGCAGGGCUUCCAUCUUCUACGUCAGGUGUUUGUUUUCUUAAGUUGCUUGAGGAGGAUGAAAUGGCAUUCGAUAUCCUUUUUUGUGUUGCCUUUCAAAUGAUGGAUGCUCAAUGGCUAGCAAAGCGUGCAACAUAUAUGGAAUUUAAUGAUGUUUUGAAGUCCACAAGAACACAGUUAGAGCGUGAGCUUGCGCUUGAAGACAUCUCUAGCGUGAGAGAUUUACCUGCUUACAACAUGUUGAGAUGAUUGAGGAUUGCCAUUUAAUUCAACGUUUCUCUCUUUUGUUAUCCCUCCUUACAUGAAAUGUAUCUAAAUCAUCUGACACUUAAUUUCUAUAUAGAAAUGUGAAAAAUCAAUUGAUAGUGGGUUUGCAAAUAUCAUUUCAAUCUUUUUGUUGAUUUCCAACACCCUUUCAUUUAAGCAUGUGUUUUCGCAUUUUGGAAAUUCAUAAAAUUUCUGUUUGUAAUAAUUUAUAAACUUUUAUGAAUUUUACUGAAGUA